GCACUCGGAAUCUCCGAUAUCGUGCAGGUAUUCACAGUAGCACCCGGAGUUCAUGUCAAAACGAUUAUUGCUUUCCAAACGCUUUCGAAGCUUGACAAGGUCCUUGAAUGUUCAGACUAUUCAGAACAUUCCUUACUCCUAGUCGUACCAUACCAGUCAAGACUCAAGAAUCUUGGACAAGAUUGAAUCAGCAGGUCCCGGAGCAAAACCUCUCCGAAUAUCUCCUGCAACGACCGUGUUUGGGCUUAACACUCCCCGCUUCUCAACGCAUUUCUGCACAUAUUUAGUUUCGCCAUGGUCCAACCUGGUACUAGAAGAUGUCUUUCAAACAACAUUGUAAUAUAAAAUCUUUUUAGUUUUACAGCGGCAUAUUUGCUUCAGGUUCAGUGCUAUUUUGCUACCGUGACUUUUCUCUACAUGAGCACUUCGUCCCCAAUCUCUCCAACUAUUGUUAUCUUUAAGUAUGAAAGUAAAAACAAGGAAAGCGGCUGCAUUUUCUAAACUGUCUUACGAGAUAGUUUGAUCAAUGGAUUCAUCAUUGUCACUGGAUCAAUAAGUGAACUGAAAGGGCUAUGCCAUAUAAUGGCAAAACCGCCAAAGUUUUGGCAAGUGAAUGCAGCUAUAUAGCAUAGUUAUGAUAUACUUUUAUUAUUUGUCGUUGGAUCUCUCAAAGCCGUAAGGCCUCUUGACAGCUUAGAUAAGUAUAUAUUUUUAUAUUAGAAGUUGACGAAUCAUAAGUUGGAUACAUAGUACGUUAUUCAAUCAAACUAGAAAAUUGCCGUUCUCAGAAAUAGCUAGAUAAGUGUAUAUAAAUAACUUAGGAUUUG